GAACCUCAGAAACACAUUCGGCAUAGUCUGCUAACCCUCACAAACAGCUGCAGAGAAAAGCAUUUAAACUUAUAUUACCAGUCUACAUUUAAUAUAAAACUGUUGAAAACAUGGGAGAACAUGGUAGUCUUGUUCACAGUGGCAGGGUGCGCUGUCUAUUCCAGUACAGCAGAUGGAGAUGUCACGGUUUGCUGGUUGGGAUCCACAACACUGCCGAAGAAAAAGGAACAGCAACAACAAUAAAAACAGUAUCAGGAAGCGUCAGUUUAGUCUGCUUGGUGCUCUUGACGAGACCUUCCAAAACUGUACGAACGAUUUUAUUGGGAUUUACUUUUCGGACAGGGUCAGUUUCGUUUUGACUGUGUAGUUUUAGGAGUUCCGGGAAGUAUGGAGUCACUUUCCGAUGCAGCUGGUCGCCUUAACACUGAAAAUCCAAAGUCCUAAGGUUACAUGAGUGUUGACGACCAUGUGUUUUCCACAAAACAUGACAGGGGGCCGCAGGUAACAUUACCUGUUCUCCCUCCAUCGUGGUAAUGCUGAAGUGAGUUGGCUGGUGUGACCCAACUCUAACAGUUGCUGUGUUCCGAGUUUUAAUGAAGACAGAGAAGACAUGGGUGAUGUGAUAGUGCUGAGCUCCGGUAGUGAUGAAGAGGACUCGGAUGUGCAGAUCGUGGGCUCUUACAGUCACUUCAUGACCACAGCGGACCCUCUGCCGCUCUCUCAAGUACGAGUCGACGUUGACGCCCUGAAUGUCAACGUCCCAAUGGUAAGCCUGUCCAGCUCUAACGGCAAUGAGACUUAACCGAGAAACCAUUAGCUUACAUACAGAGAGAAACACACACAAAAACACAGAAUAAUCUGCACUCACUCGUCAUUCUCUAUCAGGUAAAGCUUUAUCACCUCUCAUUUCUCCUGGCAAGACUGUCAACUUGAGGAUAUGAGCUGAAAAUACAACAUUUUACAUUUUCUUUAUGUUUAACGGGAUAGAAAACCCAAGAUGUUAACGAGCUGUUUCUGCUAUAAAAGUGAUUAAGAUAUUUCCAAGUUGACAAAGAGUACCAUAUUUAAUUCACUGUAGGUCGCCAUAAGCAAGUUGUGUUGAAAUAUGUUUGUUCCAUAUUUUCUCAGUACAAAUAUGCUCAAUGUAGUCUUUGGACUCACUUAAGGGAUACAAGUUUUCGUUGCCAUGGCUAUAAUGAAGUAACUUCUCAACAGAGGCAGAUCUAGAAUUUGCUGAGUCUGGUGGCCCAUCUCCAUGUGUAUGUUUCUGUGUCAGAGUCAAUUCAUUUAGGACUUGAGAUUUUUGAUGAAAUUCACAAUUGAGAACAAAAGGAAACAGUUAUGUUCUGCCUUUGAAAAAUCUUACGAUAAUCCUGAGUAUUUGCCUGCAUACUACGAGCAUGAAAUGUGUAUUGCAUAUUGCUAAACUUUGCUCUAUCUCUAAUCACUGAUAGACUAUAGUAGUGUUGUACAACUUUGAGAUAGGGAUGCACCGAUCUGCUUUUUUCACCUCCAAUACCCAUACAGAUAUCUACAGUUUGGUAUUGGCCGAUACCGAUCCAAUUCCGAUACAGAAAAUUACGAUUACCUUUUGUUGUAGCCUGAAGUUUUACCACUGCCCCUUGGAACGUUUACUGCGCAGGUAUUGCAAGUGGCCGUUGCGCUUGUAGGCUUGUGAUGAAGUUCAAGAUAGCAGACCCCUUUGCUCGCUCCGUUUUGAAAACAAUGUGGACAUCCACUCAGCCUGUUUACUUGUGGAUACCACUCACAGUGCAUAGCAUAGAGUUAGACUGAAUAGAUUGGCCCCUAUGCAUCGGGCCCAUUGUCACGGUACCUGAUCUAGAAUUUUCUUCAGUAUCAGCACCGAUACCAAUAUUAAAUAUCGGAACAGUGCAUCCCUACUUUGAGAUUGUGUCAUUUGGUAGUCCUGUUCAUUAACUUGCAACUGUUGUCCACAAUACUUAUUCCUUUGAGAACAGGAAUACAUGUCAGAACAGUGAAUUGUUAAAAAGAAAAAAAAUAUUAAUGAGAAGUUAUACAAACAAGAUUUUCCAGAUGUGUUUUCAAGACUAAAAAGGCGUUCUAAUAUUUUUGUCAUUCUCUUUUUUUCUUUUUGCAGCAAUACAUCAACCUCACAGAUCCGAAAUGGACUCUUCCAGAGCUAAAGAGACACAAAAGAAAAAGUUUAACAGUAUCAGCAGUGGUGGACUUGACUAUGAACGAGAAAGAAAAAGUAAAAGAACAGGAGAUAGUAGAUUUGCCAUCAGGCAAUAAUCAAGUAAAAGAAGAAAGCAAAGAUGGAAAUGUUUUGGAUAAAAAAGACUGGGAGCUAAAAAAAAGGUCUUCAAGUGGCCUCACUGCACAAGAGCAAGACUCCUCGAACUUUAAGCAGGAGCACACUUCUCAUAAAAAUGGAUUUGUACCAACUGUACAACUAAAGCGACUGUCGUUUCUUGGAAAUCAUGCCACUGAAAUGAAAAUGUCAAGUGGUUCUGUCUUCUUAGACAAAGACUGUAGACAAACGUCACUUAAAAUCAGCCAACAAGGCAUAGUUGGUGAAACAUCACAGUGCGACAGCAAUCCGACAACUACCACAUCGAAUGGUUUCCACACAAAGAGCAAAGUAGAUGAGUCUCCUUUUCAGAUUACUGAGUCUCCUGUCAGACAGGAACAACAAAUAUUUCAGCUUUUAGACAGCACUGUUGCAGAUUCCAGGAAGAACAGCACUUUAAAAGAUGCAAGAGAUGGCUCAUGCCCAGAGGUGCUUCCCGCUUCUCCAUUAUCACCUUUUUCAUCAGAUGACAAAGCACACAAUUCCUCACAGAGAGCAUUCCUCUGCUACAACUUGGAACUACGGUCCCCAAAUGAAGAGGACAAUGCACAAAGCUGUCUUUCUGAUCAUGCAUCCCUACACUUUUCUGCCAUUAGACUAAAUCCGCCUGAGCACAAUGACCUCAACUCUCAGCCCCAAACAAGCCCCAAAUCUCAGAACCACAUGAGCCAAGUUUACCCAGAGCCCUCCUCUGAACAUGCAACAGCUGAGGACUCAUCUAAAUGGCAAACAAAAGAGUCUAAAGCUGCAGAGGCAUCAAACAGCUCUGACCUCCCGAGCUGGAGCAUACCCAGUGAACCUCUUUUGUCAGUACCCAAAACUGAGGACAUGGACAGCAAAUCUAGUAGGGACCUGGAAAUUGAUAGCCCACUGUCUUUUCUUUGGCAAGAGGGGAUUGAGGAAGAAGAGGAACACACCAAAAGCAGAUUUGACAUGGAGUUCAGGGCAGCCAGCAUCGAGGACAGGCAUUUUGUCAGCCCAGUUACAGUGAGGAAAAUGAUGUCCAGAGUCGGACCAGCUCGAGCCAUGGUGAGACACAUCAACCUCAGCCCACUUUGAUUUCUAAAAAUAUUCUGUGGUUAACCCAGACCUCUAACUACACAAGUCUUUUUUCUGUUUCUGCCUAUAACCAUUACUCCUUUACAUUUGAUUGUAUCUUAGGUUAAAUGCAUGUUUUUUCUUUGUUUUUUCUUAGACUGAUGAGCAAGAAGGUAUAGGAUCCCCAGAGGUCCUGUGCCGUAAAAGUUUGAGCCAGGUGUACAGUACCAUGGAUGUGAACUAUCCAGAGGGCACUUUGCAGCUCUUGUCUGACCUGCUAAAGCCCGGUUACUACCCUCCCAGGAAUGUCACCUCCCACCUGCUGCAUGGCAUUCUGCUGGACCCACAGUGUCCCUAUCACCUGUGUGUGGAGGCUUUUAAUCUGCUAAUGAGGACACAAAGGUGAGAGAUUUAUUGAAGUAGGGGUCAACGAUAACGUUUUAAAUCUCAAGCACCCUGUCUGUGUUUCACUGAAGACCUCACUCUGUUUGCAGACAUCACAUGGCUGAUAAAACCAACAUUCCCUGGGACUGGGAAUCGUUGAGUACUCUUAUGGCCAAUCAGGUACUAUUAAUGUUUUAAUACAUAAUAAAACUGAUUGAUGUUCAUCAGCUAAAUGCCAUAUCAAUACAGAGUAUCCUAAGUCUUAUGAAAUGGGAUUUUGGUUGUCAAGUGGCUUGCCAAAUCUUGCCAAAUUGGCAGGGCUGGGUAUUGUCUAGAACAGGGGUCAGCAACCCGCGGCUCUGGAGCCGCAUGCGGCUCUUUCUUCCCUAAGCUGCGGCUCCCAAUGGAUUUGGAAAAUAAAUAAUAAAUACUUAAUUGCAUUUUAUUUUAUUUUUUUUUAUUUUAUUUUUUGUAAUUCUAAAUUCAAAGAUUAUAAUGCUCUUGUAACUAUUAGGGCAACAACGAAUUGAUUAAGUAGAUUCGUCGUGACGAAAAAAUCCGUUGCCAACAAAUUCUGUUGAAUAUAUUCUUUAUAUAUGUCCAUGGACAACGGCGUGUAAACAUCAGCAGGACGCACAGAAAAGAAACAGCCAUGGCCGAGGCAGCGGCUGAGAAAACCAUGGACACAACCCAACCCAAAUCCCGACCUAAAACAUCAGUGGUGUGGGAAAACUUCACCAAGACUGAAAAGGAAGGCGUUCAGUGCAACAUUUGCAAAGACCGUUUUGCAUGGCUCGGGAGUACAUCGAUGAUGCGUGAGCACAGGGCUCUCAAGUCUCACGCAUUCAGCGUAUGACACACGCAUUCCCACUCGUUCACACGCUCACACACCACACAGUGUAUUUCUCACGCAUUUAAAUGAACACGGUGAUGUCCACCAAGUUGCACUUCUUCAACUAUGGAACUGGGGGAAAUCAACUGAGUUCCUCCGAGAGUUCAGAAGCUGCGUGCCACGCACAAGCCAAUCAAAUAAAGUAUAUCUACUGAACAGCCAAUCAAAAAGCAGCAUUGCUGUAUCCAGGUAGAUUUUGAUAUCUUGCGGUUUAACUACAGAAGAAGACAGACACUCGCCGAAAUAGUUCAUUUAUUUCAUAAAUGCAACUCGCUACAGUUUUUUAUAUACUUUGUAUAAAGGUAAAAAAAAAGAUAUAUGCAAUGUUAUCUUCAUUUUAGAUGUCAAAGAGGUUUUGUGGCUCCCUGUGUUUUCUUUUCUGUGGGAAACUGGUCCAAGUGGCUCUUUGAGUGUUUAAGGUUGCCGACCCCUGGUCUAGAACUUCACAGUUCAUCUCAAUUUCAAUUCUUUGUGUCACAAUUCAAUUCAAUUCAAUAUUGAUACGUUUAAUUAUUGACCAAUAUCCUAGAAUAUCAAAGAUAUCUGAAUUUAACUAAAGACUUUGGGCAUAUAAUUUGCUGUGAAACAUUUUUAAUCUCUCACACAUAUAGUGAUAUGAGCACAGGGUUAGAAAUAUUUAUUGAAAGUGUUUUAUAGACAAAGGAUUGAUAACGGGAAUGUCUGAUUGACACCGAAUUGUAACAGAUAGUAUUACAAUGCAUAUGAAUCAUUUUUUUAUAUGCAGCCCUGCUGAUUGGCUGAAAAACAGUAUGAUGGAUGAAUUACGUUAAAGGGAAGUAGGAUGUAAAAGAUUAUUGAACUUUUUCUGCUUUAUCUCAGAUAAAUUAAUGACAAACUUGCCAGUUCAGUCUCGCAUAAUCAGGUUAUGUUUUUAAAAGCCAAUCCUGUGAGUCAGUGUCUGCUGUUGUAUUUGCUGUUUAUACUUUCAUUAGGGAAAGUAAUAGUAUUCGACAGUUUUACUCUGCUCAUCUAUGUUGAUAUGUUAACGGCCUGUAUUUGCCUCUUUGGCUCCUGUAGGACCACACAAAGAAACAUCGGACUGAGGUUGUGCGCAUGUUCCUGGAGUACGUUGUGCAGACUUUGGAAGAUGACUUCCAAGUGAAAUAUUCUUCCUCUUCCCUCCAACACUCCAUUGCAAAGGCGACACUGUCAUGUGAUCAGCAGUUCCCUCGUGUGAGGUAAGUUUGGUAAACAACCAAAUCAGAGGGUUUGCCAAGCAGGCACUACAUACAGUCUAAUCAUAAAAGUGAACUGUUUUUGUUCACAUUUUAGAAAGGGAAAGUUUUCCUGUGGUUUUAACUUGUAUUGCAAAAUACUGAUAUAUGUUUCUGUUAAAAAUAACCAGUAUAAGAGGUUUUAAACACAGAGAAUUACCCCCCACACACACGCACAAACUCACUCACUCUACUAUUAACGAUAAAGUUCAAUUUUUCUUCUUCUUCUUCUUCUUCUACUUUUCGCCCUUUUUUAGCCUUCUUCUUCACCUUCUGCUUCUUCCUAGUUAAAUUCAUCACAUAUAUACAAUAGAACAGAACCACAGUAUGCGAAGUUCACCACAUUUAACGUGAUGGAUGGGACUCAGUACCUGUAUGUUUUUUUUAUUUUGAAGAGGAAAUAUUUUGUUAUUUGUUUGUCAGGGAAGUCAUCAAGUGGCUCAUCUCUGUGAUCGUAAAAUCAGCUGAGCAUGAACAAAGGAGAGAACUGGCCAGAGAGCGAGAUGAACAUAUCAGGUCAGAAAAAAAUAAUACAAAUUCAUGUUUAUUUUUUAGAUCAAUUUUUUGUUAAAUUAAAUUGAAGGAGGUGACACCAUUGUUACUAUAAAAAGAUUAUCUUUAUUAAAGGACACUUUUAGUGGUGUUUUCACAUUUGGAUCAUUCUCAUCCACUCCCCUGCAGAAUGGUGUCCAUCCUCCAGAGGAUGCUGUCCUUGGCUCUUGAAAUUGACCGGUCUCCAGCUCUCACUUCUGCCAAAUUGUCCCAGGAGCUAUUCCAUAUGCUCAUCGGAAAUAUGCCCAUACGAACUCACAGGUGAGGAGGAGUAUCAAAGUUUUAUAUUUCAUAUUUCAAGUAACACAAAAAUGACAUAAAUAUUAUUGUCACCAUUUAUGUAUACAUUUGGAAACAGCUUUUUACCUAAUAAUCUGUAAUAAACAAUAGUUCAUGUACAAUUAUCUCAAUGGCAAUAUAUGCCUCUUCUUUCUCAGUCUUCAUGUUGUCAUUAACUCGUCUGUUUUCAACGCCCAGAAUGCUGUUGCUGGAAAGCCUGCAGAGUAAACUGUUGAGAUGUAAGCUGUUGGUACAUCUGUUGGACUAUGCAUGCCCACUGAAAAACUCUCCGCCCAUGUCACUCAGUCUUCUGCUGCACUUUCUACAUCACUGCACUCUGGCACCUGACCCCACGGUGAAUAUCAUACUUGUUUUAUCUUUUAGCCAGUAACAUUCAUUGAUUAAGAAAAAGAGAUCAUGGGUCAGUCAGCCACGGGGUUUAUUUAUUGCAAUACCAUGCGGCUUGUUCAAUGCAGUUGAUCAAUGAUUUAAUUCUGCAGGAUGGUACUGAAAGGUGGAAGAAGUGGGAAGAAUUGAUCCAUCUUCUCUGGAUGUUCCUGCUCAGCUACAACAAAGCAAUGACAGGUGAGAUGUUGGUAAAUAUCAGUACACUGUGCCUCGUUUUUUGCAGGUAUAAUCAUGACAUGCUUUGAGAGGUAAAUAUGGUCUUACUGAAUAAAAAUGAUGUUUUUACAGUUUUGACAAGUUAAACUUUUGCAGUUUUUGUGAUCCACUGUAUCAAAGACUUCCUUAAAGUCCUGACAUAUUGCUCUCACUACUUCACCUUUGUCCAGUGACUGCUUUAUAGGUUUUGAUUGGUGACCAGAAAAAAGGGACCAGACACAGUUAGACAAAAAAAAGGGCUUAGUAAAAAAGACAUUGAUCAAACUGAACAAAACAGACAUGAAACAACAACAAACCACAACAUGAUAUGAGAAUUAGACUGGUACGUUGAGAAUAAAUGCCAAAGGAAACAGUCAAGGGACUUUAUAAUCUAUAUUUUAUACAGGUUUUGCUACUAUUUUCUGCAUCUGUAAAAAAUUGUAAAAAAUUAAAAAGAAAAAUAACAGAAAAACACUGAGGUUAAGACUUAAUUAUGAUGGAAAUUGGAACUUUUUUGUUUUAUCUAUAAGAAGGCUGGUAAGAAAACCAUUGCCAUGGAAUCUUAAUGAAUCAUCCAAACUGAGGGACUAUGUUUUAGCUGUAUAAAAAAUAUUAACUUUUACGUCAGUAGAAUCAUCUUGAAAUCCAUACUGUUAGUUUAUUUAGUUUAUUGUCAGGUAAUGAGCAGGACGAUGUUUAGUUGGACCUGGCUAUGUGAAAUUAAAUCCCUUCUGUCUGGUUAAAACCCCUCCACAUUCACACUGGGGUCUUGUCUUACAGGGCCAGGAUUCCAUUUUGUACAACCAUCUGCAUAUUAUACUGUUUUUGACUGCAUGCAAAUAUGAUGUUUUCAUAUCACACAUGAGAGAAGGAGGUACAUUCUUGUGCAUCCUCAGGGUGAAACAAUAAGACUCAUGUAGUCUGGUUUAGGAGUUUGUGGUAAUGAAUAAAAAGGAUGCAGCAAGGAUAUAUUUACAGCAACUGCUAAAAUUACACUGCACUGCUUCCGUUAAAGUUGCUUCUAUAUUAUGAGGUUCCUGGUGUUAAUCUAGCCCUAAGUUAAUUGAAUUUCAUUAUAUGGCAUUUUGGAUAUUUUGCUCUGUCAGCCAUGAAGCCUAAUAUUCAUACAUUAUUACAUAAAUUCAGAUAAAAGGAGCCUCUCUAGAUUUCAGUAGUGACUAGGUUAGAACUGAAACCAAAUAAAGACCAGUCCUUGAGACUUGCACAUAAAUAAACAUUCUUCACUUUAAGCUCACCCCUUGUUUUGAGGCUGUAGUCCUCAUCACAGGAGUUACUGAUUCGACUCCUGGCCAUGACCAUUUGCUGCAUGACUUUCUUCUUACUCUCUACUCCCCACAUUUCCAAAUUUUCAGAAUUUUUAAAAAUAUAUUUUUCCUCCGUUCACUGUAAAUUCUGUUUAAUCGGAGACAUCAGUGUUGGACGUAAAUGUGGGUGUUUGUCAAAAUAUUACAAGAAAUAGUCCUCAUGGCAAAUUUAUUGACUACUUAGUUAUUUAAUGAAGCUUUUUUUAAAAAAAGUUUUCUUUUGGUAAGUGUAUCAGAAUCAAAACUAACAUUUGUAUUGACAAGGUCAGCUUUCCAUCAUGCAGCUUCCAGGAAACACUGUGUUUGGAGCCUGUGGGAAACCUCAGACUGCAGUGAAUGCGCAAUAUGCGGUGUGAUAGCGUGUGGGAUUGCAGUGAACUGUUUUAUUGGAACCUUUUUUUGUGCAGGAGCAAGAAAAGAAGCAAAAGCUGGAGUUCUGACUUUGGUUAAAAUGAUCAAACAAGUAGACAACUGGGCUGUCCAUUCAGUCAACUACUGUCUCUCUACCGAACAUUUUCUCAGCUAAUUUUCCCACUGGUUGCUAUUGUUGAUUUAUUUAUUGAUUUAUUGUGCUAAAUCCUCGUGUGUUAAUGCUUGUUAUGACUGAAAACCACCUGUACAAACUCCUUGUAGGGUCAUUUUUAUUAAAGUAUGUUUGUGAGAUUUAUUGUUUUUUAUGCACUGAUCUCACCUGGAGUGUCACAAACACGUCACAAUAACUGUUACACCUGAUACACCACACCCAUUAAACUUAUAAAAGAUUACCCAACUGUCCCAGAACCAGUUUAGUUUACUUUUAACUUCUAUUAUUGUGUUUACGCAGGCUAUCUGUGCAGCUCAGUGGGAGAACAAAGAGACAGAGUUGGCUCUCUGGUCUACAAGCCGGAUGAUGUGGUGUCCAAAGCUGCUGUGCGUGAAGCUGUGGAAGCUUUUCUGACACGAUCCAAGGCUGACCUUGGUCAGGCCUUACCUCUACAUGUGGAAGAGUCCCUCACUUAUCUACAGGAUUACCUGCUAGAUGUAUGUCAGUGUUAAAUGAAAGAAUCUCUUUGUCUUCAUUUUCAUAUCAAUUUGUAUGUAUGAUUUAAUAUUUAUAUUUUUUACAGUAUGUACAUAAUUUGUAUUUCAAAUAAAGGCUGGGCCUUCUGUAUUAUUAUUCCUAUCAAAAUGAAUUAAAAUGGAUUCAUCUUA